AGUGAAAGGAGCUGCACCAUCACUUCACCUCAUCUCCACCCAUAACAGCUCUCAUCCGUCAAUCGUGGCACAUCAUGUUUCCCCAACGCACUCUUCUCCGCGCUUCCCAGCGCGCCGGUCAGCAAUUGCGCGCCCCAGUCAUGCGCUCGACCAUUCAGCGCCGCUUUGAGUCGACCAGCUUCCGCGGCCCCCAGGACAAUGCUUUCAAUCGGGAAAGAGCGGCUGUGAAGCAACACGCCGCUCAAUCGAGCGAGCUCUGGAGAAAGCUCUCAAUCUACGCCACCAUUCCCUGCUUGAUCAUCGCAGGUGUCAAUGCUUACAACCUGUGGAACGAGCACUGGGCGCACUGGGCGCACGAGCCCCCGCUUGAGGAGCGUACCGAGUACCCGUAUCAGAACAUGAGAACCAAGAACUUCUUCUGGGGAGACGGUGAUAAGACCCUGUUCUGGAACGACAAUGUCAACUACCACAAGCGGGACGAGUAGAUACAGUACUGCUGCAGCAAUUGAGGGUUAUUUCGUAUAGUGCGAGUGCGGGGUGUAAUUUCAGAUACAAAUAGUGUAUAUGAGAAAGCAAUUUUGUUGAUUACCUCGUGGAAGUAUAGCAAAUGUGAAUACGAUUGUCAUGC